AUGAAGUGGCGCAUAUCGGUCCUUCUUCUGCUCCUUAGAGCGAUCCAUGUUUCUGCCGAGAUAUCGGCGCCGGCUGCUCCGUCACACACGGAAGAUAAGCCAAAGAUCGAGCCUUUUAUCGCCCCGAAACUUGUGGACGAUACCACUCCGCCCACCAAAAAGCCGAGCACUCCAGGCCGUAAGCCCGCUGCCUCAAACGGUAAUCCAACACCGUCGGAUCCACGAGAGAAAGGGGAGAUUAAACCUUCCAAGGUUCUACCCCUUGUUGACGACACCACUCCACCCACGAAAAAGCCGAGCACUCCAGGCCGUAAGCCCGCUGCCUCAAACGGUAAUCCAAUACAGACAGAUCCACGAAAGAAAGGGGAAAUUGAACCUUCCCGUGUUCCGCGUCUUAUCGAUGACACUAUUCCGCCCAGCAAAAAGCCAAGCAGUACUGGUCAUAAGCCUGUUGCCUCCAACGGCAAUCCAACACCGUCGGUUCCAAGAGAGAAAGGGGAGAUUCACUUUUCCCGUGUCUUCCCCGCUGUUGACGAUACUACUCCGCCCACGAAAAAGUCAACCAAUUCGGGCAAGAUAGUUACGGUGUCAGACUUUAAUCCAGGACCGGCAGAUCCAAGAGAGAAAGGGGAGAUUACACCUUUCCCUGUUCCACAUCUUAUCGAUGACUCUACUCCGCCUACCAAAAAGCCGAGCAUUCCAGGCCCUAAGCCUGUUGCUUCAAACGCUGACCCAACACCGACGGAUCCUAAAGGAAAGUUUGAAAUUGUACAUUCCGAGGUUCUACCCCUUUCCGAUGAUACGGAUCCACCAAAGGAAGAGAUAUCUACGGAUGAUGCAACUGACAAUGCACCUGCUGAUGCGCCGUCUCCGUCAGAGCAUCGAGAGAAAGGAGAGGGUCGAACCUCCCACGUUCUACCCCUUGUUGACGAUACCACUGCAGCCAAAAAGCCAAGCAGUCCAGGCCGUAACUCCCCUGCGCCAAAUGGUGGUUCUGAACCUUCGGAUGCAAAAGAAAAAGUUGAAAUUGAGCGUAUCCAUGUUCCGCGGCUUGUCGACGAUACGGACCCUCCAAAAGAAGAGUUGACGGCCAAUGGUGAUGCCGUUGAUACCGCAGGCAAUGGUGACCCAACACCGGAAGAUCCUGAAGGAAAGGUGGAAAUUAGGCGUAUAGUUGUUCCGCAUCUUAUAGAUGAUGCUACUCCUCCCACUGUGGAACAAAGCAUUCAUGGAAAAAACCAUGAUGUUUCAAACGGCAAUUCAGCACCGACGGAUCCAAGAAAGAAAGCGGAAAUUAAGAAAAUCGACGUCCUCCCUCUUUCCGAUGAUACGGAUCCACCAAAGGAAGAGAUAUCUACCGAGGAUGGCGAAACUGAUAAUGCAACUGCUGACGCCCCGUCGCCGACGGAUCCGAAGAAAAAAGGGGAGUUUCGACGUUCCGGUGUGUUACCUCUUAUCGACGAUACCACUCCGCCUAUUAAAAAACCAGGCAGUACUGGCCGUAAGCCUGUUGCCUCCAACGACAAUCCAACACCGACGGAUCCAGGAGAGAAAAGGAGGAUUACGCAUAAGAGGGUCCUCCCUCUUUCUGACGAUACAGAUCCACCAAAGGCAGAAUUAUCUAUCGAUGAUAGUGUAACUGACAAUGCAACUGCUGAUGCCACGUCGUCGACGGAUCCGCAAGGAAAGGUGGAAAUUGAGCAUUUCCAUGUUCCGAAACUUAUUGACGACACCACUCCGCCCACGAAAAAGCCGAGCACUGCAGGGCGUACGCCCGUUGCGUCAAACGGUGAACCAACACCGUCGGAUCCUAAAGGAAAGGUGGAAAUCAGGCACUUCGAGGUUCAACCCCUUAUCGAUGACACUACUCCACCGAAGAAGCCAAGCAGUGGUGGCCAUAAGCCUACUGUAUCAAAUGGUAAUCCAACACCAUCAGACCCAAGAGAGAAAGGGGAGAUUAAACCUUCCAUCGUCCCAAAACUUGUGGACGAUACCACUCCGCCCACCAAAAAGCCAAGCAGUACUGGCCGUAAGUCUGUUGCCUUCAAUGGUAAUCCAACACCGACGGGUCCGAAAGAAAAAGCGGAAAUUAGACACGUAGAUGUCCUCCCACUUUCCGAUGAUACGGAUCCACCAAAGGCAGAAUUAUCUAUCGAUGAUGGUGUAACUGAUAGCGCAGCUAAUGGUAAUUCAACACCGUCGGAUCCGAAGAGAAAACCGCAGAUUAUACAUUCUGAUGUGUUACCUCUUAUCGAUGAUACCACUCCAUCGAAGAAGCCAAGCAGUGGUGGCCAUAAGCCUACUGUAUCAAAUGGUAAUCCAACACCGACGGAUCCAAGAAAGAAAGCGGAAAUUAAGCAAAUCGACGUCCCCCAUCUUUUCGACGAUACUGAUCCCCCAAAAGAUGAAUUAUCUACCGAUGAUGGUGUAACUGACAAUGCAACUGCUGAUGCCACGUCGCCGACGGACCCGAAAGAGAAAGGGGAAAUUACACCUUCACUUGUCCCGCGUCUUAUCGAUGACACUACUCCGUCGACCAAGAAGCCGAGCACUCCAGGCCGUAAGCCCGCUGCCUGCAACGGUAAUCCGACACCGUCAGACCCAAGAGAGAAAGGGGAGAUUAAACCUUCCAUCGUCCCAAAACUUGUGGACGAUACCACUCCGCCCACCAAGAAGCCGAGCACUCCAGGCCGUAAGCCCGCUGCCUGCAACGGUAAUCCGACACCGUCAGACCCAAGAGAGAAAGGGGAGAUUAAACCUUCCAUCGUCCCAAAACUUGUGGACGAUACCACUCCGCCCACCAAAAAGCCGAGCACUCCAGGCCGUAAGCCCGCUGCGUCAAACGGUGAACCGACACCGGCCGAUCCACGAGAGAAAGGAAAGGUAGAGCAUUUUAGCGUCCUCCCUCUUUCUGACGAUACGAAGUUUCCAAAAAAUGAGCCGUUUGCCGAUGCUGUUGCACCUAAUAGCGACAUAGCUCCUUCUGAUCCGAAAGACAAGGCGGAAAUUGAACACAUCCAUGACCUCCCACUUUCCGAUGAUACGGAUCCUCCAAAAGAAGAAUUAUCUACAGAUGAUGAUGCAACUGCCGAUACCCCAUCGCCGUCAGCGCAUCGAGAGAAAGGGGAGUUUACACCUUCCGAUGUGUUACCUCUUAUUGACGAUACCACUCCACCCAAAAAGCCAAGCAGUCCAUGCGGUAAGCCUGUUGCCUCCAACGGUGACCCAACACCGGCGGACCCGAAGGAGAAAGAGGAGAUUGUACCCUCCCGUGUUCCACAUCUUAUCGAUGAUACCACUCCACCGAAGAAGCCAAGCAGUGGUGGCCAUAAGCCUACUGUAUCAAAUGGUAAUCCAACACCGACGGAUCCAAGAAAGAAAGCGGAAAUUGAGCAAAUCGACGUCCUCCCUCUUUCUGACGAUACAGAUCCACCAAAGGAAGAAUUAUCUAUCGAUGAUGGUGUAACUGAUAGCGCAGCUAAUGGUAAUCCAACACCGUCGGAUCCGAAGGAAAAAGGGGAGUUUACACCUUCCGGUGUGUUACCUCUUAUUGACGAUAGCACUCCGCCUACUAAAAAACCAGGCAGUGCUGGUCAUAAGCCUGCUGCCUCAAACAGUAAUCCAACACCGACGGAUCCAAGAAAGAAAGGGGAGAUUAAACCUUCCGGAGUUCAGCCCCUUAUUGACGAUGCCACUCCGCCCACGAAAAAACCAACUAAUUCGGGCAAGAUAGUUACGUUGUCGAACGUCAAUACAGGACCGGCAGAUCCAAGAGAAAAUGUGGAAAUUGAACAUUUCCAUGUUCCGCCCCUUAUUGACGAUACCACUCCGCCCACGAAUAAAACGAGCACUCCAGGUCGUAAGCCCGCUGCGUCAAACGGUGAUCGCACGCCGGCCGAUCCACGAGAGAAAGGGGAAAUUGAACCGUCCAUUGUUCCGCAUCUUAUCGAUGACACAACUCCGCCUACUAGAAAACCAGGCAAUGCUGGUCAUAAGCCUGCUGCCUCAAACAGUAAUCCAACACCGACGUAUCCGAAAGAAAAAGCGGAAAUUAUACACAUAGAUGUCCACCGUCUUUCCGACGAUACGGAUCCUCCAAUGGAAGAGUUAUCUACCGGUGAUGAUGCAACUGACAAUGCAACUGCUGAUGCCCCGUCGCCGACGGAUCCGAAGGAAAAAGGGGAGUUUAUACAUUCCCGCGUUCUACCCCUUAUCGACGAUACCACUCCGCCUACUAAAAAACCAACUAAUUCGGGCAAGAUAGUUACGUUGUCGGACGUCAAUCCAGGACCGGCAGAUCCAAGAGAGAAAGGGGAGAUUAAGCAUUUCCGCGUUCUACCCCUUAUUGACGAUACCACUCCGCCUACGAAAAAGCCAAGCAGUCCAUGCCGUAAGCCCGCUGCCUCCAACGGUGACCCAACACCGGCGGACCCGAAAGAGAAAAGGGAAAUUACACCUUCCCCUGUUCCGCGUCUUAUUGAUGACACCACUCCGCCCACGAAAAAGCCGAGCACUGCAGGCCGUAAGCCCGCCGCGUCAAACGGUGACCCAACACCGGCGGACCCGAAAGAGAAAGGGGAGAUUGAACCUUCCGGUGUGUUACCUCUUAUUGACGAUACCACUCCGCCCACCAAAAAGCCAAGCAGUACUGGCCAUAAGCCUGUUGCCUCCAACGGCAAUCCAACACCGGCCGAUCCACGAGAGAAAGGGGAAAUUAAACCUUCCCGUGUCUUCCCCGCUGUUGACGAUACUACUCCGCCCACCAAAAAGCCAAGCAGUUCUUGCAGAAAUAAGACUGCAAUUCGUCGGAGAAUACGUUGCAGAGCAGACUGA